GGAAUUAGUUGGGUAAUUAUUUCUGACAUUGUGCAGCAUUGGUUUAGACACUCUUUCCGCAAUAAUGUUGGCGUAUAACGGCGACGACACGGCCGGCACUAUUCGCUUACGGAUGCUGGUCACCAUCGGUUUCCAGAGUUUUCUCAAUGUGGCCACUGGCGUGGCCAUGAUUGUGGCGCCGCCGCUUUUGCUAGAAUCCGUAUUACCUGUGAGCCUGUACGUGAUCGGCGGUAUGCUGAUCUUCUUCGCCCUCCUCGGUCUUUUCUGGAUGUACCAACUGCAGCGCCCACUCCCGGAGCCAACCACCUCCGACGCCCAACUGCGCACCAUCUUCCAUCCCGAGGCGGACGCUUCGGCCACUCCUCGCGCUCUGAUCGUCUUCAAACGCUACACGUACUCCUUGCUUUUUCUGCUGCUGGUGACCUUUGCGCCGGUUCUCAUCCAGAUCACCGGCGACAUCUUCCACCACCGCGGCACCCGCCUGCGAAUGAUCAUCUGGCCUGUCGCCGGCUGGGUGGUGUCCUUCCUCCUCAAUUUAGUGGCGUUCGUGUGGAAUGUCGUUGUGACGGAACGGUAUGCCGAGCGUCUCAAAGAAGUUGCGGUGAGGCAACCGCUUCCGACGCCGAGCGUGGAGGUCGAUGUGCCGCAGUUUGAGCCUUUGCCGGUGAUCGUGCUCUCGGAACAUCCAAACAGAUUUUAG